AUGAUUUGGAGGGAAGGCAGAAGAUUCCUGGAGAUCAUCGAGCUGGGAUGUUCAGCUGGAAACUUGGGAGCUGCAGAGAUCUACGCUGCAGAGACACAUGAAUACUUCAGGAACUUCCUCAUGUUUUUGUCCUGGUUGGAAAUCUCACUGACGUCCUGGAGGUCUCUGGUUGAGGAAACGUCCAGCUGCUGUGGGAUGUUUGACCAGCGUUAGUCAGCAGGACUGGAGGAGAGAUGGUCGGGAUGUUAGAGCUGUGUCUGCUUUGGCAGGGAAACCUGUGAAGAAUGAAAGUGGACGUACUCACCUACCUGGCUCUGGCAGCAGUCAGCUUUGUCGCCAUGGUGACUGGUGGCCGCAGUUCAAGCCGCAGGAAACACAAGGAUGUCUUCCUCGGGGAGAACAGCAAGUUCAAGUUUGGAGGACGUAUUGACUACAAGCUGAAGAGGCAGGACAGCACCAAAACUUUACUAAUAAAAAGUGAACAACUGCUGAGGAUUGAAGAGCACGACUUCGCCAUGAGACCAGGCUUCGGAGGUGCGCCCAUCCCCGUAGGCAUUGAUGUGCAGGUGGAGAGCAUCGACAGCAUCUCAGAGGUCAACAUGGACUUCACCAUGACUCUGUACCUGCGUCACUACUGGAAGGACGAGAGGCUGGCGUUCCCGUCUAGAAACAACCAGAGCAGGACUUUUGACUCCCGGCUGGUGAAGAAGAUCUGGGUUCCCGACGUCUUCUUCGUCCACUCCAAACGUUCCUUCAUCCACGACACCACCAUGGAGAACAUCAUGCUGCGGGUUUACCCUGAUGGAAAAAUCCUCUACAGCGUCAGGGUCACUGUGACGGCUCUCUGCUCGAUGGACUUCAGCAGCUUCCCUUUGGACACACAGAACUGCUCGCUGGAGUUGGAGAGCUACGCGUAUAACGAGAAUGACCUGAUGCUUUACUGGAAGAAUGGCAACGACUCUCUGAGGACGGAUGAAAUCGUAUUGUCACAGUUCUUCAUUGAGCAUUUCCAAGCCUCCAGUGGCCUGGCUUUCUACAGCAGCACCGGCUGGUACAACCGUCUCUUCAUAACCUUCAUCCUGCGGAGGCACAUCUUCUUCUUCAUGCUGCAGACGUACUUCCCCACCAUGCUGAUGGUCGUCCUCUCCUGGGUCUCCUUCUGGAUUGAUAGACGGGCUGUUCCUGCAAGAGUGUCUCUGGGUAUAACCACAGUACUCACCAUGUCCACCAUCAUCACAGGAGUGUCCGCCUCGAUGCCUCAGGUGUCGUACGUGAAAGCGGUGGACAUCUACCUGUGGACCAGCUUCCUGUUUGUCUUCCUGUCUGUGAUUGAAUAUGCAGCCGUGAACUACUGCACCACUCUGGAGGAGAUGAGGAAGAUGAAGAGGGGGAAGAUCCCAUCCACCUUCAACGCCAGUCAAGCAAUGGCCUUUGACGGGUGUUUCCACGACAACGAUAUUGAGCUGACUACAUUCCCCCGUCUGGCACCCACCUUGACCUCUGACCCUCUGACAUCGCCAACCCAAAGCUCAGACAUGCGCCCCACGGAGGGGACUCGGCUUCGCCGUCAGCGGUCUGUACGUGAAAACGUGGACCUGCUGGUCAACAACAGCUACAUGAUCGACUCGUACUCUAGACUGGCCUUCCCUCUGUCCUACCUGCUCUUCAACACCAUCUACUGGAGCAUGUACUCCUGAUCCAGCACCAAAUACUCUACAAAUUGAGUCUGAGUGCUGCAGAGGAGAUUCCUCAUCUCGACAGAGGUCCAAAGAGACUUCACUGGAAUGGCGCUCGGUUAGAGGGGCCUCAGCUACAUCCAGCUGAUGUUCUUUGCUGAAGAGCUGAGAUACAAACCCUCGAGGACCCUCAGCCUGAGUACGAACUCUGUAAUUGUGCAUUUAUCUCAUCAGAAGGGCUUCAAAUCCUGAGAGUCAGACUUUUUCUGUUUGGACGAUUUGUACAUGUGUCUUUUCUUUUUUGUGUGUCAUCGUAAAGGUCAUAUCAAUAUCUGCUAUUGAUAUAUGAUAUCUUUAUCGAUUUCUUUAGCUACAAGAUAUUAAAUUAGACAUAAACAGCGUGACUGCGUGCUUCUUAAAAUAUCAGAACAUCUGCACAUGUUUGAAAACUGUGAUUGGAGCAAAGCAAACACUGUAAGUGUAAUUUGAUGUGUUUCUUGAUUAAUUUCUCUCUUGUUUGCAGUGUUGGAGUGUACGGGCAGAAAUAUUUAGCUGGAUUCAUUUUUAUUUGAGAAAAAAAUAUGGCUUAUUACAUAUUUGCAUUAACAAGAAAAUAUUGUUAGGUACAACAGGUGGUGGUUGGGUAAAACAAGCAGUAUAGUGUAAAGGGUUAAAAGUUGUAUUUUGUUAACUUGUCCUAAACAAUAAAACAGAAGUUUUAUGUAAA